AUGGAUGCCGACCGACGCCUUGUCAAAGCCCUGGAGGCUGCCAACGAUGCUCUUCAGCACCUUUCGAUGUCUCCAGACUUUGGAUGUCUCGACUGCACGCAUAUCGAUCGACUAUUGGCCAGAGUUGUCGACUUGCCAACGGAGGGAAACCAGAGGAAUAGCCGGAGAAACUUGCUCGUGAUUCGACAGUGGAUGAUCACAGAAGGGCCUGGUGUGGUGUUGUUGGAGGUGCUAGGCCAGCUGUACUGGCGGUUGGGUGAACUUAACGGAAAGCAAUUCGAGAAGUUCAAGGUUUCCCUCCAAACGCAACAGCCUUACCUAUCUCUUAUUCAAGAUGCGACCGCCGUUUCAUUAGUCGUGCAGCGGAUAAGACAUAUCCAAAGAUCGAAGUCAGAUGCUUGUCAGGACUUCCUUUGCGAAUUGUCCGAUAUUACUGGCAUGAAGGUUGAUACCCCCAUAGCGGAAAUGGAUGCUCUGAGGGCUACUUCUAGCAGCCCUUUUGCGACUCCUUCCGUGCGGUCUGCUGACAGUGGGUCCUCAGCCGAGUCUGGCCUCGUGAGUCUGGUGAAAUAUGUACCAAAUCCAGCAAUGUGGGGAAGCGAUAUGGAGCAGCUCCUCAUCGACUUUUAUAUCAACGGAAUCUGCCCUGGUCGAUCUCCCGCCACUACGUCCAAUGCCUACCUUUCACUGCUGCAGACCGCCAACACUUGCCAAAGUACUCGGUUUGCCCUGCUGAGCUUAAGUGCAUCAUAUAUCGGAGAAUAUUUGCACUCCGAGAAGGAGCAAUAUCACCAAGCUGAGCUUUACUACUCCACUCAAGCUCUCCAAGCCCUUGCAUGCCAGAUCAGCAAUGGCGAGAAUUACGAUGCUGCUCUCGCAACUAGCAUGCUUCUCAUGCACCACGACGCUGUCAACGACGAUGAUUCAAGCCUUUGCUGGUCAUGCCAUGCCAACAUCUUCGACACCAUCCCAUCCGAGUUCUUCAACCAUCACUCCGAUGCUGCGCUUUUCAUCCGAACCCAACUAGUUCUUGCACGGACUGCUCAAACUUCCUUCACGCUGCAAAGCACACGACUACAUUCCCUGGAGACCGAGAACUGGUACGAGGGCAUGCCAGCAACCGAGGCCCAAAAGAUCUGUGGAAUUCUUGGAAUGUCGCCGCAGUUACUAUUCCUGAUCUCCUCCGUCACAUCGCUUGCUUCGGAUAGCCAAGGGCCUCUCAACUCGCAAAAGCACAUGUACGCGCAACUUUUAGAAGGUCAGCUUACGAGCCUGAGGCAAUGGACAAUGGAGCUUCAGGGAGAGAGCCAGGAGGUGAUCGUCGCGACCGCCGAAGCCUUCCGACUUGCAGCUCUCAUCUACUUGCGGUGUCGCAUCUAUGGAUUCACUCGCUUCAACCCAGCCAUUGUUGAGCUUAACGAUGCUCUCAGCCACAUCUUGCUCACCCUUCCUGUAAAGGGUAAUCUCUACACCGCGAUCUAUCCCGUCUGGCCGCUUUUCGUCGCCGCUGUGACAGCCAACUCCGACAAGCGCGAUCGCAUCUACGCCCGCGUCGUCCCCAUCCGCGAGGGUGACAAGAACACCCUUCCAGCGGUCCUCAAGCGCAUCUCCGGUCUGCGCGUUUGGUUGGCAAAGCAAGAUGCAACAUUGCCACGCCGUGACGGGUGGUGGGAGGAGAUGCUUCAACCGAGCAGCAGUACCACUGCUCUUCCCGCCAAUCGAUUGCUAUGCCUUGGUUAG